GGCAUUCAGUGAGUAAAUUAGGAGCGCAUAUAACACAAAGUAAUAAAAAAAAGUUGGCUACAGUACUAAAUGCACUUACUUCUGAGUUCCUGAGUCACUAGUAUGCCUUUCCUGGGCUAUGCAGCUCUCCUGUUAUGUUGGAUGUAUUGUACUGCAGAGAGAGCUUGCGAACAAUCUCCUCCAAGGAGAGUUAAAGAAAUACCUACUGAAACAUGGGACAACCCUCCCUAUCCACAUGGUACUCUAGUAACAUACAAAUGUCGGCCUGGAUAUAUCAAAAUAGGACGAAUUGUGGUCAAGUGUGCUGAUGGAGUGUGGAAGCAACAAGGCAACACAGAAUGCAGGAGUAAGCCCUGUGGACAUCCUGGAGAUAUUGAGUUUGGUUCCUUUCAGCUCACUGCUGGAAACGAGUUUGUCUUUGGUGCCAGAGUUGAAUACAGAUGUAAUGAUGGAUACCGAAUGCUUAGCCAAAAAAAUUACCGUGAGUGUCUCGCAGAGGGAUGGAGUAAUGACAUCCCUCACUGUGAAGUUGCAAAGUGUUUACCCGUAAAAGCACCAGAAAAUGGAAGAAUAGUUUUAAGCGGUGCAUUUGAGCUAAACCGAGAGUAUUCCUUUGGCGAGGUCAUGGAGUUUGAAUGUAAUGAACAUUACAGGCUUGUUGGAUCUAAAGCAAUACAUUGCUCUUCUAACGGAAAAUGGGAUAGUGAUGUACCUCAGUGCCAAGAUAUUAUUUGUAAUGUGCCAUCAAUUCCGAAUGGAGUUGUAAGAUCCUCACAGAAGACUUACAGGGAGUCUGAACAACUGCAUUAUGUCUGCAACAAAGGAUACACAUAUGGUGAACGAGCAGAUGCACAAUGUACUGAAUCUGGAUGGUCUCCAACACCUUAUUGCACUGAAGUUGUAUGCUUUCCUCCAACAUUUCGGAAUGGAAACUUUAGACCUCAAAAAGACAGGUACACAGAAGGAGCUACAAUCACAAUAGACUGUGAUUUGGGAUAUCGUUAUAGCACACUGACUGCCAAAAAUGUAGCUAAAUGCACCAGCAGCGGCUGGGUGCCUGCUCCAGGUUGUGUUGAGAAACCAUGUGACUACCCAGCUGUAGAAAAUAUCAGGUUGAGUGGAAAUUGGCAACAGAAUUACUUUCCAAUGAGGAUUGGGCAGACUAUUUACUACCGCUGUCGUGAAGGCUACUUAACCCCAAGUGAAGAAUAUUGGGUUCACAUUGUCUGUUCCCAAGGGGGCUGGAAGCCAGAGCCACAGUGCCUCAAAAGAUGUGAUGUCGGGCCUCUGGAAAAUGGUUAUAUCCAAAAUAAUUGGAAAAGAUAUUUUAAAGAAGGUGAAAGAACUAAAUAUUUCUGCAAUAAAAACUAUCGUACUGAAAAUGAAGAUGGUGAAAUUACGUGUUCAAAGAAUGGCUGGUCACCUACUCCAAGAUGUAUCCGUAAAGAAACCUGCCAGUGGGUUGAUCUGACGAAUGGCUAUUUCAUGGAGAGAAGGGCAACAUUUGAUAUAGGAGAAACAGUCAGCUAUAGCUGUUAUAAUGACUUUGUAACUCCAGAAAAACAAAAAAUGGGAAUGAUACAAUGUCAAAAGAAUGGCUGGUCUCCACCUCCAAAGUGCAUCCAAACCUGUAAAACAUCACACAUUCACACUUUGGUUGACUGUGGACCAAGGGAAAAUAUAUAUCUGCCUGGAGAUAUACUUGAGUAUAGUUGUCCUGAGAAAUAUAAAACUGUGGAUAACAUGCCAUAUAGUACUACCAGGUGUGAUGUAAAUGGUGAAUGGAAGCCAACGCCCCACUGUGUUGCAAUUGAAUGUAAACUGCCAGUACUGUCCCAUGGACAAGCUCAUCCCUCAAAGAACACAUACUACAAUGGAGAUGUUGUGAAAUUCAUCUGUGUAAAGAAUUACAUAAGAGUGGGCCCUGCCUCUUCUCAGUGCUAUUACUUUGGAUGGUUUCCAUCACCACCGACAUGUAAAGUGGAUCCCAGAGACUGUGGACCUCCACCUGAAAUCACCAAUGGAAAUGUCAUCGGUGGCUUUCUGGAACGGUAUCAGCAUGGAAACAGAAUGGAAUACGAAUGUGAUACCCCAUUUACAUUGGUUGGAUCAAAGGAAAUAGAAUGUUUGGAUGGGCAGUGGUCAUCUCUUCCUUCUUGCAUUGAAAACAAGAUGCCAUGUGGAUCACCUUCUUCUGUCUUGAAUGUUGUUCUUCUCCAGCAAGAUCGAGCCCAGUUUUCUCAUGGCGAUGAAGUAACCUACAGAUGUAGCCAAGGCUCUGAGAAUGCUACCAGAAUGAGAACAAAAUGUCUUAAUGGGGAAUGGAAGCCCUCGCCUCUUUGCAAUGACCCAUUUCAUCAGUGCGUAACUCCAGAGGAUAUUGUGAUUGAACGCACUGGUUCUCACAGGAAAGCAAAGGAGACUGGGCUGUAUUUAACAUAUAAAUGUAAACCAGCUGACAGACAAUUUAAACAGGCAACUUGUGUAUCCGGAAAAUGGACUCCAGAGAUUCAGUGUACAGGUGAGAGUACAUGUCCACUUCCACCUCAGCUGCCUAAUGCUAACAAGAUACCAAUCGGAAGAAAUUACAAGAAUGGGAGCAAAAUAGCUUUUUCAUGUCUGGAGGGUUUCCAUCUCAUCGGUGCAAAUGAAAUAAUGUGUAUAAAUGGGAAAUGGCAGUCACCACCAUACUGUGUUGAGAAACCCUGUUCGCCACCACAACCUGUAGAACACGCUGAUGAUGUCAGGCUGGUAAAUCAAAGCUUAAAAAUGGAAAAAGAAGGCAAAACAGUUUAUCUAGCUGGUGCUGUAGUGAAGUUCACUUGUCAUUCUGGAUUUGAGUUAGACGGACCAUCGGAGAUAAGUUGUUCUAUGGGAAACUGGAGUUCAUAUCCUACGUGUUCAGAAGCAUCAUGUGGAAGUAUUCCAAAUGUUCCCAAUUCUGCAAUUGAAGGCAGAAACAAGGAAGCGUAUGAGCCUGGUGAAACAAUUCGCUACCAGUGUGAUGAAGGAUUCGAGGCUGUUGGUGUCCCGGAAAUUAUUUGCAGAAAAGGAAAUUGGUCGACACCACCGUUCUGUGAAGAUGUUAGCUGUGAAGCCCCACCUGAAAUUCACAACGCUUAUAUUACCAGCCCUCAACAGCAGAGGUAUCUGCCUGGUGCUCGGGUACAGUAUGAAUGUGACAGCCAUUUUCAGAUUACAGCUGUAAAUUAUGUCACUUGUUCAAAUGGACAAUGGUUGCAGACACCAACUUGCAAAGAUACGAGAUGCGGACCUCCUCCAGAAAUCUCUGGUGGUAAAGUUCAAGGUUUUAAAAAGUCAAGGUAUUUGCCUGGGGAGACAGCUAAAUAUGAGUGCUGGAAAGGUUUCCGUAUGACUGGAGCUUCCACCGUAAGCUGUCAGAACGGGACCUGGACAGAACUGCCCACGUGCAAAGGAAAGAGUGAAAAAUGUGGCCCACCUCCAGAUAUUGAAAAUGGAGAUAUUCUAUCCUUCCCGAUGCCAGAAUAUUCACAAGGUGAAACUUUGAAAUAUAAAUGCCCAAAUCUCUACAUCCUGGAAGGAUCUCAGCAGAUCACAUGUAUUAAUGGGCAGUGGACAAAUCCACCAGUUUGCUUAGUGGCCUGUACGGCAGCUGAAGAAGAUAUGAACAAUAACAACAUUGAGCUGAAAUGGAGGGAAGAAAGCAAGCUGUAUUCCAGACCGGGUGAUUUUAUCGAAUUUGAUUGUAAAAUAGGAAAUGUGGAAGACCCGGCAUCUUCUCCGUUCAGAGUACAAUGUAUUAAUGGCACAUUUAAAUAUCCACGGUGCAAUCCAGGAAGGGACUGCAGGGUGCUUGAAUCAGAAAUGGAUAAGAACAACAUUCAACUACAAUGGAGGAUGCCUCACACCUAUCGCUCUAAGGAACGUAUUUCCUUUAAGUGCAAAUGGCUUUAUGAACCAGUUUCAAGACCAGAGAAAUUUAAACCACGGUGUUUGGAUGGAGUAAUCGAAUACCCUCAAUGUGCAUAUAGAUGGAAAUGACAUGACUGAGUCCAGCUGGAGAAAUGAAUGCUUCUUCAACAAAUCCCGUGAUUUGAGCUCAAGUUUUCCCGGAGUUUCCUGCUUGAUUGCGCUUUAUAACGAAGACAGUGCUCUCUGUUGGAAUUUGCUAAUUCAUUUUCUUUAUACUAUUGGAUGAUUUUGUUCAAAUUUAACCUUUUUUUUUUUUGUAAAUUUAUUUACAUUCUGUAACUAUGUUUACAUUUCAUCCACCUGAAUGAUUAUACUUACUUACAUCUUGCUUAUUCCACAUUGAGCCCCGUUAUUUUAUUUACAUUUGCAUCGUGAAGUAGGCCGGCUUUGGAGGUGUACUGAGUCGAGAAUUAAAAAGCCUGCAAGUAAUUUGA